UCUCAUGUUCUUCAUGAAGACGUUCUUGAGAGGGUUCUUGUUGAUGAUCAUACUUUGUACACGAAACGAAUUCUAGUCAAGCGUGGAUUCGGUAACAUUCCGUUUUGGUUGCGAAAACUUCUGGCUAAUCGAAAGGAGUUAAUUGUUGAGGAGUCCAUUAUUGAUCUGAAGAAGAAGGAAAUCCUUACAAGGACGCGCAACUUUGGCGGUCUUGCUCGUUAUGCUGUUAUGACUGAGGAUUGUCGUUAUAUCCCAAUGUUAAGACGUUCCAACUCUACGCAAAUCGACCGCUGCUUUGUACUACAAUCCUCCCUUGGAGUCAGAGUCUUGCAUCCUUUGUGGUCAUUCUUAAACCGUCGAUACACCAACUCUGCUGAGAGUUCGCUCCAGGGUUAUCGGUUUAUCUGUCAACAGUUCGCUGGCCAGCUAGACUCUUGUCCAAACGCAGUCUCAUCACCGUCGAAAAUCGCUCACCGCCUCAAAGAUUUUGCUCUCAACAAACGACCACAUUUACUGCUUGCCCAAGCUGGUAGCGACAAUUCAGACUAG